UCUCCGAGCGCUCUGAGCCUGCGUCCAGCGAGGGGGAGGGUUUCCCCGGCCCGGCCGGAGGGGCGGCUGGGCGCUUCUGACUCCCAGCGCAAACAACUGUCAAGGGAGCAGGAGAGCGGAGCUGCCGGAAGUGUCUGCGCGCCGCGAGAGAACUUUCCUGCUCCGGCCGCGGCCCUGAGCCUCCGCGGCCUCCGCGCUCCCGGCGACGAUGCGUCCGGGUGACAACGACCUGAGCGGACCCGCGCCUCGGCCCGCCUCCCGUGUGUGCGCUCGCCUCGCCUCCGGGGAAGAAGCCUGAGCCCGGAGGCGUCCGCGCGCCGCGGAGCCCCGCGCAGGCGGCGCGGCGCGCUGGACCCGUUUCCCCUGCGCGUCCCCUUGCGUGCCGGCUAGUUCCCUGCGAUCGCGCGUCCCCGGAGCCGGCCGCGGUCGCCGGCUGUCCCCGCCCUGACCGCCGGCCCGGACGUGUCCUCGGCGGCCGCUGGCAGUCCCUGUGCCAUGGGGCUGCCGACUCUGGAGUUCAGCGACUCCUACUUGGACAGCCCGGAUUUCAGGGAGCGCCUGCAGUGUCACGAGAUUGAGCUGGAGCGAACCAACAAGUUCAUCAAAGAGCUCAUUAAGGACGGCUCUCUGCUCAUCGGGGCGCUGAGGAAUCUGUCUAUGGCAGUACAGAAAUUUUCCCAGUCACUGCAAGAUUUCCAGUUUGAAUGUAUUGGUGAUGCUGAAACAGAUGAUGAAAUUAGUAUUGCUCAGUCACUAAAAGAAUUUGCAAGACUACUCAUCGCAGUAGAAGAAGAAAGGAGAAGACUGAUUCAAAACGCUAAUGAUGUAUUAAUUGCGCCACUUGAGAAAUUUCGCAAAGAACAAAUAGGUGCAGCAAAAGAUGGAAAGAAGAAAUUUGACAAGGAGAGUGAAAAAUACUAUUCUAUUCUUGACAAGCAUUUAAAUUUGUCUGCAAAGAAAAAGGAGUCUCAUUUGCAGGAGGCAGAUACACAGAUUGACCGAGAGCAUCAAAACUUCUAUGAGGCAUCACUAGAAUAUGUCUUUAAAAUUCAAGAGGUUCAAGAAAAAAAGAAGUUUGAAUUUGUCGAACCGCUUUUGUCAUUCCUUCAGGGUUUAUUUACUUUUUACCACGAGGGAUAUGAACUCGCCCAGGAAUUUGCACCAUAUAAACAACAGCUGCAGUUCAACUUGCAGAAUACAAGGAAUAAUUUUGAAAGUACGCGACAAGAGGUAGAGCGGUUGAUGCAAAGGAUGAAAUCUGCCAGUCAAGAUUACAGACCACCCAGCCAGUGGACGAUGGAAGGCUACCUUUAUGUCCAGGAGAAACGACCACUUGGUUUUACAUGGACUAAACAUUAUUGUACAUAUGAUAAGGGAAGUAAAACAUUUACAAUGAGUGUUUCAGAAAUGAAAUCCAGUGGGAAAAUGAAUGGCCUUGUUACUAGCUCACCAGAAAUGUUUAAAUUAAAAUCUUGUAUCCGACGAAAGACAGAUUCAAUUGAUAAACGAUUCUGCUUUGACAUAGAAGUAGUCGAAAGGCAUGGAAUCAUCACAUUGCAAGCCUUUUCAGAAGCUAAUCGGAAACUCUGGCUUGAAGCCAUGGAUGGGAAGGAACCGAUUUAUACUCUGCCUGCGAUUAUUAGCAAGAAAGAAGAAAUGUACUUAAAUGAAGCAGGGUUCAACUUUGUGAGAAAAUGCAUUCAAGCUGUGGAAACGAGAGGCAUCACCAUUUUAGGUCUUUACCGAAUAGGAGGAGUGAACUCCAAAGUUCAGAAACUCAUGAAUACCACAUUUUCUCCCAAAUCCCCUCCUGAUAUGGACAUUGAUAUUGAACUGUGGGAUAAUAAGACAAUAACAAGUGGGCUGAAAAACUACCUCAGGUGCCUUGCAGAACCACUGAUGACUUACAAAUUACACAAAGAUUUUAUUGUUGCUGUUAAGUCUGAUGACCAAAACUACCGGGUGGAGGCUGUACAUGCAUUGGUGCACAAAUUGCCAGAGAAAAACAGAGAGAUGCUGGACAUCUUAAUAAAGCACCUGGUCAAAGUGUCACUACACAGCCAGCAAAAUCUCAUGACUGUCUCAAACCUUGGUGUCAUAUUUGGUCCGACUCUAAUGAGAGCACAGGAAGAAACUGUGGCUGCCAUGAUGAAUAUUAAAUUUCAGAAUAUUGUGGUUGAAAUUCUGAUAGAGCACUAUGAAAAGAUUUUUCAUACUGCCCCAGACCCAAGCAUCCCUCUUCCUCAGCCUCAGUCUCGAUCUGGAUCCCGAAGGACACGUGCAAUCUGCCUCUCCACAGGUUCCCGGAAGCCCAGAGGGAGGUAUACCCCGUGCUUGGCAGAACCCGAUAGCGACUCCUAUAGCAGCAGCCCGGACAGCACACCCAUGGGGAGCAUCGAAUCGCUUUCCUCUCACUCCUCGGAACAAAACAGCACGACAAAGUCCGCUUCCUGCCCUCCCAGGGAGAAAUCUGGAGGGAUUCCUUGGAUUGCAUCCCCAUCACCUUCCAAUGGACAGAAAAGUCUUGGUCUCUGGACAACUAGUCCUGAGUCAAGUUCUAGAGAAGAUGCAACCAAAACAGAUGCAGAAUCAGAUUGCCAGAGUGUCACUUCGGUCGCUAGCCCAGGGGAUGUGUCCCCACCCAUAGACCUGGCCAAGAAAGGGCCUUAUGGGCUUUCAGGACUGAAAAGAGCCUCAGCUUCCUCUCUCAGAUCCAUCUCUGCAGCGGAAGGAAACAAGAGCUACAGUGGAUCCAUUCAAAGCUUAACUUCCAUAGGCUCCAAAGAGACGCCCAAAGCCCCGCCAAACCCAGACCUGCCUCCCAAAAUGUGCAGGAAGUUAAGGCUAGACGCUGCCUCCAGCAAUGGUUACCAGCGACCCGGCUCCGUCGUGGCAGCAAAGGCCCAACUGUUUGAAAACGUUGGUUCACUUAAGUCAGUUUCUUCUGGGCGCCAAGCCAAAGCUAUGUACUCCUGUAAAGCAGAGCACAGCCAUGAGCUUUCCUUCCCACAGGGAGCGAUAUUUUCUAAUGUGUACCCAUCAGUGGAACCAGGAUGGUUGAAGGCAACUUAUGAAGGCAAAACAGGACUCGUCCCAGAAAAUUAUGUUGUCUUCCUCUAAUACUUUUUAGUGGAUGGCAGUAUCUUCAUGGUAUCCAUGGUAACAAAUAAUAAGUGCUAUGAUUUUAUCUGACACAGAUAUGGGGAUCAGCCUGUUAAAAUGAAAACAGUCAAUUUCUACCAAGUUUUACACCAGCAGACUAGGUAGCUCCCUAUUAAUGGAAAGGGAAAAAAUGUUUAAAUUGUUUGCCAUUCUUUUUAAUUUUGGCUCGUUUCAUAUUUUAAAAUAGCUUAUCCUCCCCUCCCCACCCCCCUUUUUUUUUUGGAAAAGUAACUCUCCACAAUGUCUCUUUCAUAAUAAUUAUAGAAUCUCAAAUACUGUGUUAAGUACUAUAUCCCAGAAAUUUGGAAACCAGAAAUCUGCUAUAAGACUUCUGAGAUCUGCCCUUUACUGUCUGGUGUUCUCUGAGAAACUUUGAAAUCAUUACUAAAAAAUGUAAUUUAAAUUGUUCAUUUAUUAUUUUUUCUUAAAAAUAUACUACUUUUAUAUAUGAUUGUUUUGCUGGUCCUAAACAUUUCAAGGAAAUAAGGAGUUUUUUUAACAUAGGUUUAUUUUUAUUUGUUUACCAAGUAGAUGAUAAUAUUCAAAAGCAGUAAUGAGUAAUGUAUAUGAUGUCUGUAAAUGAAACCAAAUAUGUCAUACACUGAUUCCACUGUAAACAUUCUAUCCAGCAUUCCAGAUGCCUUCUCUGGGCUUAGAGCAGGAUUCAGCAAACUAUUUCCGUAAGGGCCUGAUAAUAAAUAUUUUGGGCUUAACAGGUCGUGUGGUCUCCAUCACACUACUCCACUCUGCCAUUGUAGCAGAAAGCAGCCGUAGACAACAUGUAAAUGGCUGUGGCUGUGUACCAAUACCGCUUUCUUUCAGGACACUGAAAUUUGAAAAUCAUGAUUAUCACGUGUCAUGAAAUAUUAAGCUUCUUUGACUUUUAAAAUUCCAUUUAAAAAUAGAAAUGUUUUAGCUGAUGGGCCAUACGCAAACAGGUGACAGGCCAAAUUUGACUCAUGGGUCAUGGUUUGCUGACCCCUGGUUUAGAGGAUGUGUCAAACUAUCUUUAUAACUUUGAGAUUUUAUGAAAUUUUAUUCCAUUAACAUAUAAAUACUGAUAAAUCAUAUGCACAUAUCCUCUGCUAGUAGCAUUAUAGGGGUAUCACAAAUGUAUAAUUACAGUAAUAGGAAAACAAUGUAAAAGUGCAGUACACAGGCAUACAACUUAAAUUCUACUUGUAACUCUGUAAAGUGUCAAAGUAUUUUAUUGAUAUCUAAUUUUGGCUUUUGAGAAAUUGUCCUACAAAUGAUAAAGAUGCUGUUUUAAGACAGUGGUAGGGACACUAUGCCUUCUAAAGUCUACGCUUAGUUGAAACAUAAUCUAAACAUAAAGGUACAAGAUUCUUAAAUUAUUUUGAGCCAGAGAUCGUAAUUGUUUCAUCAUCUUUAGCAGGAAUAAAGUCAUACAUAAUUUUC